CACUGUCUUUAUUUGCAGGCCGGUAAUGGACUUUGGUACCGAAUGAAUGAUGCUUCAGUUGAGCUUUCAGACAUCAAAACAGUUCUCAAUCAGCAAGCUUAUGUACUUUUUUAUAUCAGGCGCUAUGAUUUGACACUUGGAGAACGUGCUUUUUACCUACCAGCACCAUCUUAUCCCCGUUCAUUCCUUGGUCAGCGCGGGGCUAACAGUAAGCAGGCUGGAUUUAUGGGACCACGACUUCCUCCUCAUAUGAUUAAGAAUUCAAGUCGUCUAAAUGGAAAUGGACCCCUAAAAGAGGAUCCAAAUACUGUUGGUGGCACCCUAAAAAGGCCAUCUUCAGCUCCACCAACAGCCUGUGUUCAGAACUGGGCAAUUACCAGGCCUUCAAUUACCGAUUCAUCAAAAAACCAGAAGAUCACUAUCAGUAUUCAUAACAAAUUGCCUGCACGACAGACUGUGUCGCAACCUGACUGUCUUAGUGGUGCUGCAGAGGAUGAGGAUAUAAGCAAGCCUGUUCCUUCAUCCACAAUUACCAAUUCUUCUGCAGCAGAGUCUACCUCAAAUGCAUCUACAAUGUCACUUGCUACUAAUGUUUCCAAACAGGAUGUUCCUGAUGAAAUUUUUGUUGAGCCAGCAGUGAAUGGAAAUCCUAAACUCAGCUCUGAUAACGCAGUCCCUUACAGUGCAGAAUCUUCAGGAAAAUCUGAGGAGUCCAAGGGCUUGUUUAAAAGGAGUUGCAACAUAAUAUCUUCUAAUGGAAUUUUGAUUGGAAAGGUGGUCCGUCCAUUGCAGAAUUCCCAUUCUUCCUGUCAGAAUGAUGAAGAAAGAUCCCAGCAUGAGCUGCCAAAAAAUGAUUCACUAAAUGGUGCUAUUAGUUUAGAUAAUGAAUCUAAAGAAAAUGGACUGAAACUUGAUGAUUCCACUUGCCAAGUCCCACCUGUUAAACCUUCUGAGAUUUUCUUUUCUAAAACAAAUGGAUUGCUUGAAACAAUGCCUAUAGAUGUGUCGCCGGUUCCUAAGGAAAUAAUCAUAGAAUCUCGUACAUACAGCCAGUUGAAUAGCUUGUCAGAGGAAACAAGUAUCCCUGGACCUCAGAAAUCUUCUGAGAAUGAUGCUCUUAUGGAAACUGUGGUGAUGGAAGCACUGUUUGCCUAUGAAGAAUCCAGGAAGGUUCCUUCCAACUUGAGCUGUGAAGUUGAGAAUCUUUUUACUCAAUCAGAUUCUGAAACCAUUUCUGCCAAAGAAGAAGUUCCUAGAAGUAUUGUAACAAAAGCUGAUAAUGCACAUCCCAGUAUCAAUGGUCAGCACAAGGUCAGGAAAAAAUCCUUGGACACUGAGGAUGAAUUCCUUGAGCAGUGUGAGUCUGAAGACAGUAGAGACAAAGACAAACCAAGAAGAUCAAAGGAACCUGAAGUCAUUUCAAAAGAAAAUCCUUUGUACAUCAAAGGGUCCCCUGAGAGCAAAGAGAAAUUAGGGCAAACUUCCUCUAUAAAGUCUGACAUUGAAUGUAGUUCUAAAAAACUUGCAUCUUUAGAUAUUACAGAAAAAUGCCAAGACACAAAGGACAUUUCUAGUAACUACGUAGAAGUACCACCUGUUAAUGACUCUUGUAUUACGAAGCUGGAUAAAGUUUUGGAGAGUCAAUUUUCUAGAGAAAAUGAGGGACUAAAUCAUAAAAGAUGUGAAGAAGAUAAACAUGGGAAAAAAUACAAGAAAAAAAUACACGACUCUAAAAAAACUGACAAAGAGCACUACCGAAAGAAGAGAGAAACCUCAGACACUGAAGAGAGGGAGAAGGAGAAGCAAACCAGAAGCAAAACGGAUGAUCAUUCCCACAGGAGGAGGUGCUCUCGCAGUGUGGAAACAAAUAAGCAAAAUCGUCGUAAGGAGGACUAUUGCAAUGAGAGCAAGUACAGAUCUUCUCAUCAUGAAAGAAACAGCCCAAGUAAUGGCAAAAGCUCAGGAAAAUACUCUCGUUAUAGAUCCCGAAGCAGAGAAAGAACAGAACAAGACAGGAAGAGGUAUUAUCAUUACAAAGGAGAGAGAACUUGGAGCAGAGAAAGAUACUAUCAAGAUGAACGACGAAGCUGGGAAAAAUGCAGAUACUACAACGAUUAUUAUUCCUCUCAUGGAACUAGAGAUGGUAGAGAGAGAAAGUCCUUUUAUUGUGAUAAAGAUGUUGACAAAUCAAGUGAGGCUUACAACAGGUCCCAUAAGGAUUACUAUUGCAAAAGUAGGUGGCUUCACAACACGCUCGCCAGAGAGGAAAACAUACGUCACUUCAGCAGCCACCAAGCUCAUUCAAAUUUCGAAGACUAUUCCCGGGAAAAUGAAAAAGAAAAAAUAAGAAAUGGCAAGAGAAAAUACACUCACAUGGAAAGAAGUGGGAGUGAAGUAGAAGAAAAAUGCCGAAAGACAGAUGACCAAAGAAUGAAAAAAUAUAAGAAAGUCAAGAAGAAAAAGAAGUCCAAAGAGAAACAUCGUGAGAGGGAUUACAAACUUUAUGAUUUGGAUUUCCCUGUACUGCGCUUGGAUAAUGACAAUCGGAAACGGAAGAAAAAGAAGAAAAAGAAACACAUCAGAAAACUGAAAGCCACCUUGGAAUAUUUAGAGCCUCAUUUCCAACAGAAAACACAGGAAAAGAAGCAGGAAUCCAGUCCUCCAGGCAGCUAUUUAUGUAAGCAAUACAGAAACCAGGGCAGUAAACAACCCUACAAGGAUUUCACCUGCACCUACCUCCAGUGCAG